GUGAGAAUGCGGCGAGAUGCGGGACCCUAUUUCGCAGCACCAAAAGCACCAGAAGUAGUCCCAAAGUCACACAGAGGAGCUGACCGGCAAGCCAUGUCCAUCCGAGUAGGCACCAGCAAGCCACCCAAAGAAUCCAAAAACGCGACUAUGCAGCGGAUUGUCGGGGAGAUUGCCUUCCAAUUGGACCGCAGGAUCCUCUCUGUCAUCUUUCCUGACCGGGUCCGUCUCUACGGUUUCAACGUCAGGGAUAUUCCUGAUAAACUUGCCCAGAGUGCAAGCGACAGCCAGUCUGGGCUGACCAAUGAGCAACGUGCAAGCUACCUGGAGCGAUACAAAAACCUCUCGGCCCGGCUGAAGCCCCUGGGCUAUGACCCAAACAUCCACCCCAGUUUCAUAGAACACAUCGUGAACACUUACGGGAUCCUUCGGGAGCGGCCAGACUCGACUGGCUUUGAGGCAGAUGCCUACAACAGUGUGGAGUACCUGCGCAGCGUCGUCCAGCAGAUGGUUCCGGAGGAGAACCGAGCUGACUGCAUGAUGCUCCUGAACUGCCUCCAUCUGCUGUCACAGGACGACGGGAAGCCCAUGUUCAUCUGGUGACCCCACAACCACCCUGCACGAGUGUCCCACUGCAAGGGCAAUAAACCACCCGAAAUUGCCUGGCCAGAGCGCCUCAUGCUCCGUACUUCCUGGGUCCCCCCGGAGUCCCUUUGUUUGGAGGGGGGCCGAUAGGAGGGAGCCCCGUUGUGGCCUUCGAUAAGGUGGAACAGGGUGGAAUGGGGCUCCAGCCAGACCCAACCACAGCGUUCCGUGGUCACCCAGAACACAAACCAA